AUGCACAUUCCGUACCACUUCCGCCAGUUUGACAUCCGUCAGGGUGAUCAGGGCCCCAACAACACCUUCCAUAACGACAGCGACAGCGACAGCAAUGCGGCCCAUAAGAGCAGCUCCUCCGACAAGAACAACAUCUUCAUAAUAUGUGCCGCCUGCAUCAUCUUCGUCCUGGCAUCCGCCCUCAUGAUCUUCUUCGUCUUGCGAACCCUCCGUCGAAUGGACUGUCGUCCGAAAUACCUGCCCGGCAAAUUCUUGAAAGAUAAGUGGACCAGGUGGAAUGUCGGCGUCACUUACGGCCAGGUCGCGGGUGGAUCGACAGCGAACAACCGCGAUGGGAACGCCACCACCGAUGCACCCCCUCAAAGUGGAGCGGAGAUGCAGACCAGCACUCCUGCCAACACUACCAACAACAGUAAUGUCCGGCGCGACACGUCCGUUCGCUCCGUCAUCACGCUCCCGGCCUAUUCCCUCAGUCCCAAACCGUCGGAACAGGUCAUUGCUCGGGAAGGGGAGCGAGGAGGCAUGGAUAUGGUCAUGGAAUUCCCCGAAACGGCAGACGAGGAGGAAGCGCGCAGAGAAGGCUUGAUGGAGUCCCUGUACCAGAUCCGCUUACAACGACGAGAGGAAUUGGCCGAGCGCGAGUGGCGGCGACAGGAGCGUCGUGAGGCUCGUGCUCGCGGAGACUAUGUCCGCGUCGAACAACUUCGGAUGCAAGAUCGGAAUCGUGGCCGCAACUCCGUCAACGGUAGUGGCUCGAAUCUUAGUGCGGCGUUGGCAGAGAGUCGGAAUCGUGGGCGCGAUAGGCGCAUCUCCGCUGUUUCCUACGCGGAGUUGGGUCAUGUCCGGCACGACGGGUCGCGUAUCAGGGCCAGUUCGCCUGAUUCCGAUCGUCGUCCUCUCCUGACCGACCCCUCCGGGGUCAGUACGGACACGCCGGAUCGAUCUUCCGGGUCGAUUCUCACCAGCAUGCAUUCCCGCGGCGAGUCCUACUCGUCGUAUCAGUCGGGGGCCACCACCGGCUCCGACGCAGACACCUUGACCCAGGUGCAGUCGCAUGCAACCUCCGCCCACUCGGCGGACCACCCUUUGCCAGGGACCGAUGAAGGCGAUGUGGGCGCCCUGCAUAUUCCGCCUCCAGACUACGACUACCUGGACUGGGGAGACGCCCCACCCUAUGAAAGUCCAGUGGCCGAGAGAGGCGAAAAUGCGCCCCCCCAGCUGCGGGAACUGACUCCUCUUCCUACGAUCCAUAUCGACAUGGCCAGCCCCAUCAGCAACGAUCCUGCCACGCCCAGAAAUCCCCUGCGCGAUGAGCAGGAGGAGCACUUUCCCGCACCCCACCCCACCGAGCAACAGUCUGCGGAGGACCACUCUACCGAGGAACAUUCUCUGGUCGAGCCCUCAUCUGAAGCACACUCCAGCCAGCGCGCGUCCCCAGCCCCUAACAUGUCGCGCGAAGCUACGACGAACAGCUUCGCGUCUUUUGGCUCAGACUUCGACCCUGAACACGAGGCCCUCGCCUCCACGAAAGAGAUCGGCGGUAGCCCCCGUCUUCCAGCCAUGAACGGCACCGCGAGAAAAUACUCCACCAUCGAGGAGGAAGAACCCGACUACGCUUUCAACACAUCCACCUUCGAACAAUACCUCCCCGAGUUCUCCCCGAUCGGCACGUCCGAGGAGGAGGAUCACGACGACGACAGUAUCUCCAUCGAGGCCGGACGAGGCCCUUCGAAACCUCCCCGUCGUCUGGACGACUCCAGAAACUCGUACAUGAGCAUGGAAAACAGCGUCCGCUCGUCCUCACCCGCCGUGAGACUCGACUACCCUACCUCGAAUACCCCCCAAAAGUCCGCCCUCCGCAACACGACGAGACGAGCGGUUAGCGAAAAUCUGCGCAAGGAUGCCCAGAUUAGACGCGCUAGUAUGGCCCACAAAGAGAACGUUGAUCCCCAGGCGGCGAAGUCGGCCCGCAGGGACCAGCGACGGACCUUGUCGGAAAUGCACGCGAAGGUGCGUGAUUCUUAUGAAGGGUCCUUGAUUGAGGAUGAAAGACCCCCGUUUGCCACGAACAGUGCGCGUCCGACACGCUUUGGAAACCCCAACCUCUCUCAUCAGAUUGCCGACGCCGUGGAGAAGGCUUCCCAGGAGGCUUAUGCCCGAGAGCUUCGUCGCGGAAAGACCGCCAACAGCACGCGCAAUGUGCCUAACAACGCGGGUGAUACUGGCACCCAGCAGUCGUUCCUUCUGCCGGACCUUCCUAAUCUGUCCGAGCUGGUCUCGGGCGUGUAUGAAGACGGCACCCCGGUCUAUACACGUCAGCAUAAGAAUCGCACUACGCGAUUUGUGUCACCCCCCGAUGUCACGGACGUGUCAUUUACUCGCGAACAUAUGCCGCUCGACGCGGUCCCCAUUCCAGAGGAUGAAAAGGCCUUGUUUGUCUCAUUGAGACUGCUUCAGGACAAGGUUUCGGAGCUGGAGAGGACCAAAGCUGAAACUGAACGGCGAAUGGAUGAUAUGAGACGGGAGAACGAAACUUUGAAGGCAAACAAGUCUCGCCAUAAGGAUAAGCACGGUCGUAGCCGAGCAUACGAAUCCGAGGAGGAUGAGUAUAGGAGGGAUAGACUUGCGAGUGAUAAUCAAAAGCUGGACGCAGCCAACCUCGCUUUGCAGAACAAGCUGGAUAUCAUCGAAAGGAAGGCCCAGAUUCAAGAGUCGAGCCUGAAACGGCUGAACCGCGAGCGCGAUAUGGCCGUCUCCCAGCUGGGGGUGGCUUAUCUUGAAACCCAGGAACUCAAGAGUGAGAAUGAAAAUCUUCGCCAGGAGAAUGCAGGACUCAAGGCACAGUUGACCAAGAUCUUAUCAUCUGGCUCCAAGAAUCGUGACGACACUGUUGACUCGGAGCAAUCUUCUUUGACCGACGCAAGCGACUCAGACAGCCAGCUCGACACGCAACGAAGCAGGAACACCGGCCGGAGCACCAAGGAAGUUACUUCGAAGAGCUCGCGCUCGCGAUCCAAGUCUGCACGCCAGGAGGAUUCGCGCGCCAAGGUCUCGACGCAGGUCGACAAGGAGAUCUCUCGACUCGAGCAAGAACGUGCGGACGAGGCCUUGUUCUCCAUCGACGUCCCCCAGUACAGAGAAAAGCUGAGGGCAAAAGCAGAAAAGUCCAAGAGCCGAUCGCAGGCCAACGAUGUGAACACGAAGAAGCAGCCGAACACUGGCAAGCAGCGCGUCAAGCGCGUGGUUCUAGAGGAGGUCGACGUGACUGAGCCUGUCGAGUCCACUGGAGAGGUCACUGGAAAUACGAAGAAAUCCAGCACAACCGAAGAGGACUUGACCCUGCUCAGCUUUGUUGAUGAACGCGAAAUUGCUCAGCUGCGAAAGACGCUGGAAGAGGAACGACUGGCUCGCAAGCGCCGGCAGUCAAACACAACUAAGGAGCCGGCGGCGAACGAAACGGGAAAUACCACCCGCCAGAGUCUGCCCAAGUCGACGGUUCCCAGGAAGUCCUCACUGAAAGAAAGCAAGGGGGUGCCGAACAGACCCGCCUCAGCAAUGGGCGACUUGACCGCCACGUCCAAGGCUAGUGUGGUUGAAGGGGAUAGCAAUCUGUCGGUACCUGCUGAGCGCCCAAGACGGCAUUCAGAUCAUUCUGCGGCGGCUACUUCCCAGCGGCGUCGCCGCCGGGUCGCUGAGGACAUGACAUCUGCGUACCUCCUGCCCGACCUCACUUUCAACCCUGCCGGUUUGGCCAUCGAGAAUUUGGCAAAGCUUCCUGAAGCCACGCAACGGGCACUCGACAAUGCCACCCAGCACAAGGGCAAGAACUGCACGGUCUGCAAACGCAGCAUUCCCGGUGAUGCCUGCGACCAUACCGAGGAGGCAGUGAAGAUCCCCAAGCCCAUUCCUGUGUCCGAGCGUAUGCCUGAGCCUUCUCCUUAUAACGAGGAGCCGACUAUGCGGCCCGCUCAAGCGCCCGAGCUUGCCCUUGCCACGGUGCUGAAGGCCUUGGAGGAUGAGCUCGCCCAUUUGAAGAUGCAACUGGUGACAUACCAGGCCGCAUACAACAAGAUGGACGCGUCGUUGAGUAAACGCCAGAGGAAGACACUGGGCGAGAAGAUCGAGAAGGUGUUGCAGGACAUUGAUAUGAAGGCCGACCAGAUCUACGCGCUUUACGAUGUCCUGGAGGGACAGAAGCAGGACGGUCGUGAGAUGACUGAGCAGGAGAUGGAGGUGACUCUUCAAUCGAUCGGAAUCGAUGCGGGUGUGGGACGGGCAGCAGAUGUUACUGGUACCACGGAUAGAUCCACACGCAAAGGACUUGAGCCGGACUAUGAUGAAGACGACGAGCUUCCCUGGGAAGGAUUUGAGAAUCCGCACGCGACCGUCGCCACCGCGGCCAGCGCCUCUCAUCUCCGCAAAGACCCGUCGCAGCCGGAAACCCAAUUCCUGUCCCCGACCAUCUCCCUCGACCACUACACUGACAACGAAGACGACGAGGAGAGCUUCAACACGGCCAUCCACGACGGUAGCUCCGCUCAGACUCGCAUACUCGCCCCCGCCCCCGAUUUCACCUCGCGACGCUUAUCAGUUGAUAUCGCCAACAGCAGCGACGAGGACAGCGACGACGACGACGACGAUGACGGUCCCAGUUCCAAUGACUCUUCCGCUGACGAAAAGACCGUCUCCUGGUUUUCGCUGCCGCACAAGAGCCAAUUGGCCAUCCUGACCAUCGCUCGACUCUCGGAGCCGCUCACCCAGACCUCCCUCCAGGCUUACAUGUUCUACCAGCUCAAGUCGUUCGAUCCCUCGCUGCCGGACUCUACCAUCUCCACGCAGGCGGGCAUCCUGCAGGGCAGCUUCACCGCCGCGCAGUUUCUGAUGUCCGUUUGGUGGGGGCGACUGGCCGACGCAGAGUGGAUGGGGAGGAAGCGCGUGCUGCUGAUUGGGUUGUUUGGGACUAGUAUCUCAUGUUUGGGGUUCGGGUUCUCCAAGUCGUUUGUCACCGCCGCGGUGUUUCGCACGUUGGGUGGCGUGUUGAAUAGUAAUGUCGGGGUUAUGAGGACGAUGAUUGCGGAGAUUAUCGAGGAGAAGAAGUACCAAUCUCGAGCGUUCCUCUUGCUUCCCAUGUGCUUCAAUAUCGGAGUAAUCAUUGGCCCGGUUAUUGGAGGUGCUCUGGCGGAUCCCCUGAAGAGCUAUCCGCAUUUGUUUGGUCCGGGGACGCUGUUCGGCGGCGAGGAUGGGGUGGGCUGGAUGCGGAAGUGGCCCUUCGCGCUGCCGAAUGUGCUCAGUGCUAUCUUUAUCUUCAUCUCCGUUUUGGCUGUCUUCUUUGGUCUGGAUGAGACGCACGAGGUUGCGCGCUAUCGGAGCGACUGGGGUCGCAAGCUGGGACGGAGAAUCGCGCGGUCGUUCUCGCGUCGGGGCCCGUAUUAUCGCCGUCUGACCGAGCAUCCGGACGACGAAUCCAUGUACAUCGACGGCAGCGUGGCGAGCAGGUCGAACCCCUCCAGUCCGCUUCGCUCGCGCGCUCGCCCCCCUCACAAGCGAGCCAGCUUCGGACAGAUCUGGACGCCCAAUGUCCUUCUCACGCUACUGGCCCAAUUCCUCCUGGCGUUCCACACCAGCGCCUUCAACUCCCUUACCUUCACCUUCCUGCCGACCCCCCGAGCCCCGGAGGGCAGCCGCGACGGAUGGUUCCGGUUCGGCGGUGGGCUGGGCUUGCCGUCGUCCCGGGUCGGCAUGGCGACGGCCAUCAUCGGAAUCAUCGGCCUCCCCCUGCAGAUCUUCGUCUACCCCCGGGUCCAAGGACACCUAGGCACGCUGCGAUCUUUCCGGUGGUUCCUGCCCUUCUCGCCGCUAGCGUACGCCCUGAUGCCCUUCCUCCUGGUGAUCCCGCGCGUGGCCUGGCUGGUCUGGCCUGCAUUCACGUUCGUCGUGGGCCUGCAGGUCGUCUCCCGCACCUUCGCCCUCCCCGCCGCGGUCAUCCUGGUCAGCAACUCCGUCUCCGACCCGUCCGUUCUCGGCACGAUCAACGGGAUAGCGCAGAGCGUCUCCAGCGGCGCACGCACGCUGGGCCCGUUCCUCGGUGGCUGGGGGCUCGGACUCGGAUUGGAGUAUAACUUCGUCGGGGGAAUCUGGUGGGCCCUGGCCCUGGAGUCGCUGGUGGGCUGGCUCGUGCUCUUCUUCAUCUUCGAAGGCAAGGGCAUCGAGAAGCGGAAACGCACGGAGGAGAUCGAGGAGCCGGACGAGCGCCGUUGA